CAUCAAUACCAAAUCAUAAUAUUUAACUCACCCGAGCUGUGUUUUUACAUUAAAAUCUAGAUUAAAAUUAUAAAUUUUGUAUAUUUAUGAUUUGCUGGUGACAGUGUUGUAUGUGACGGUUGAGAAAAAGGAUUAAUCUUUUUGUGUUUGAGUAAAUACCGUGAAUUUGUUAUCGUUCCAAAUUUUGAUGGCUUUCUGGAUGUCGCUACGAAUAUGCCGCUUUUGUGGCAAAAGUAAAAAUGUGAUUGUUGAUUUGAUAGACUCGCUCCUGUGGGAAAAGCUAGUCGCGUAUUUCCCCCUUAAGUUUGAGCCAGAAGAUUCACUUCCAAAAUUAUCAUGCAGUGAGUGUGCUAGCACUAUUCAUGAGAUGGAAAAAUUCGUUCUGAAAGCACGGGAAGUUGAGAAGGAACUAAGGGAGCAUGCCAAUCGACGGAGAAGUAAUGUUUUAUCAGCAGCCGAAAUUCGUUCCCUAGCCAAUUCUGUAGCAGCACAACAAACGAAACCACAAGUACAGAGUGUAAAUGAUGUCCUGCGAAAGCUGACCACUACAUCGUCAGUAGUGAUUAAGAAAAUAGUACCGCCCCAAGCGGACCCACUUGGGGGGGCAGAUCAAUCAGAAGAAGAAACAUCGCCAAUAAAAAUGAAGAUGGAAGUGCUAGACGAGGAAGUUGUGAAUUUGCCGGCAGAAGAUUUCAUCCAUUAUAAUGACACGGAUGAUGAUUCUGAUGCAGUUUACAGGCAUACAUUCCAAGUUUCGAUUGAUUCAAAACAACAUCAUUCUACGGAUGAAUCUGCUCAGGAAGAUAACGAUGAAGAUUAUGAACCAAGUUCAAGGCAGAAAAAAGUGUUUUACCAGACUCGGCAGUCCACGAUAAAGUCUCAAGAAGUGUCAAAACAGGUGUCUAAGAUCAAACCGAUGCGCAAAUCACCGAAUACUAAAAGCAUCGUGAUAAACCUUACUGAUCCUUGUCACUAUGUGUGUGUUACAUGUAAAGCAAAAUUCGGCAGCUUUGAAGAGCUUCAGGCACAUAUUGAUCAAAGCAUAGCAUGCAAAAAAGUUAGUUGUACUUGCGAACACUGCGGAAAAAUAUGUGAGACUCGAAGAGCACUAUACCAGCACAAGCUUUCACAUAAUCGGAAGCCUCAGUUAGUUUGUGAUCAGUGUGGCAAGGUCUACACAAACUCGUUCAAUUUGGAGAAUCACAAAAGUCAGGUGCACGGCGGAGAAUUUGAAGAACUGGGUUACGUAUAUAAAUGCUGCGAACAAACUUUCCAAACACGGCGAGCAUUAAACGAUCACGUGGCCACACACAGCAAAAAGUUGAAUUUACUUUGUGAUUUAUGCGGCAAGUCUUUCACAUCGCACAAAGCCCUGCGAUCUCACAAUCAGAGCCAUUUAAAUGUUCGACCGUUUUCGUGCGAUUUGUGUGAUAAAUCUUUCAGAACUAAAUUGCUUUUAGUACAGCACUCACAUGUUCAUACAGGAGUGAAGGUUUUUAAUUGCGACCUUUGCGAGAAAUCGUUUGCUAAAAAAGAAUCGUUAAAGAAACACUACAGACUGCACUCCACGGAACCGGUCACUUGGACAUCAACUGGCGAGAAGAUAUCUGUAAAACCGCUGGAGCAACUUCAAAAGCAACAAUUCGUCCAGUACGACUCCGCUUAACUGUUCGUUAAUUGAAGCUAUCAGUGCACUGACAGUUUAUGUAUUUAUAUUGUAGAUUCUAUGCCCAUAAAUGCGGUUUUAUAAAGA